AGUGCGCAGGCGUACGCGCCUUCAGGCGCACGCGCAGUUCCUGCCCCAGGAACCCGGCAGCCACGGUGUGGGGCGCGCAGGCUACGCCGCCCGCUGCCGCUGUCACUAUGGCCCAUUACAAAGCCGCCGACUCGAAGCGGGAGCAGUUCCGGAGGUACCUAGAGAAGUCGGGAGUGCUGGACACGCUCACCAAAGUAUUGGUCGCCCUGUAUGAAGAACCAGAAAAACCCAAUAGCGCAUUGGAUUUUCUAAAGCAUCACUUAGGAGCUUCGACUCCAGAAAAUCCAGAAAUAGAGUUGCUUCGCCUAGAAUUGGCAGAGGUGAAAGAGAAAUAUGAAGCUGUGGUAGAAGAAAACAAAAAGCUGAAAGCAAAGCUUGCUCAGUAUGAACCACUUCAGGAGGAGAAGCGUGCUGAAUAGGAUUCUUCUCAGUUGAACAGGCACUGAAAACUGGCUUUGUACGAUUUGCAUAGUUUGUAUAGUAUAUAAUCAGUCUUUUCUGGACAGAUACUAUAGAACUCUUCUAAUAUGUUAAACUCACUUAUCACAUUUAAUUGUUAUAAAAACACUUAGAAUCACUAAUAAAUAAACUUAAUAUAAUUUUUUUUGGCUCAUAAAGCAGGAAAAUCAAAAGUAAAUCCUGAGGAAUUCCAAA